UUCGUUUAUUCUCGACUAAGUAGUCCAUUAUGUCGUCUGAUCUUUGUGGAUCAAGCUUGCUUUUAGCUUUGCCUGAUGAUAUGUUUUCUGUAAUCACGAGUUCUCUCUCCCCGAGGGAUGUGUGUAGUCUUAGUCUCAGCUGUCCAGGUCUCAACGCUGUUGUGUCCUCCGACAAAGUUUGGCUUUCCCAAUGUAAUAAAUUGGGAAUUAAACUACUCCCUUUUAGCACCCUCGUCGAAUGGAGAAAGGGGGUUUCUUCUUACAAGGCCCUCUGUCGGUUCUUGGUGAGUAUUCAUCCGUUGAUCGGCAUUUGGGUUCACCAGAACCCUGAGCUCGGCAAUGUAGUAUAUGUUAUGCCUGGUUUUUUAUCAGUUGUUGGAUGCAGGAUAAUCCCGCAAACGAUAGGUCCUUUAGGCCUUGAAGACGGUCCUCUUUUGUGGACGUCUGUCUUCGAAAUCCUCUGCAAAUCCGACGGCUCGACAGCAUUCUUUUUACACGGGAGGGAGCAAGGAGCAGAUUAUGUUUACCCCGGAUUGUUUAAAUCAGUCGAUAGAAAUUGUAAUGUGCUUUUGCUUGAGGUGGAGGCUCUGCAUCAACGAGAUGAAAUAGAUAAGGGGACUGAAAUUCCUUUUAGCCGUUUGGAAUCUGAUGACAGAGAGAUGCUCCUCGAUUUUGUCACGAGACAAGUCCGCGGUAUUGUUCCAGAUACAGCGACCGCGAUAUUAUUUCCUCCCUUGAGAACCGACGAGGUUGAUUCUCAACAAGAUUUUACAGUCUUACACGAAAGGAGAUUGUUGCUUUUACAAAUGUACGAGCGUAUGUUGAAUCCCACAGAAUUCGGAUCAAGUGAGGCAGGUGACGGGGAUCAGGUGAUCGAACAGAUACUAAGGAAAUCGAGCUCAACAGGUGGCGGUCAAGAAAAUCAGAGUACACUCCAUCAAUUUCUUCGAUCGAGCGAUAGGGUUGGGUUGUGUUUACGACCUGCAACUAUGGAAUUAAGUUUUCAUAUGGCGUGGCCCCAUAUGGACGAAGAUCAAUCUAUUCUCUAUAAGAUGCGUAUGGAGCCUCCCGACGAAUGUCACAAGUAUGCUGGUUUAUGGGGAGGGGCUUACGGUUGGCCUCCGACGAGGGUGUCUGAAGAAAAAGCCGGAGAGGCCCUUUUCUUGAUUUCGAUCUCUUACGAAGUGACCAAAUGGGGGAAGAAACUUAUGAUUGGUACAAAGAUACUAGAAGGUACGUUGUACGUUGAGCAUCCUAACGGCUCAGCUAUGUUUACAGCGAAUGUAGAUGAACCAGCAUUGGAACCGUUCCCGAGUUAUGGCGCUGAAGACUCCGAGUCUAUCGAUUCAUUCGGGGGAGAAAGUAUUGCAAGUGGUUAUGGUUUCAGAUAUCCUGGUUCUGAACCCGGUUCGCUGUUCGUUCUUUCGAAUGGAUUGCUUUGUUUCGUAUCUGAGGAGUCGAGGACUGUGUUGACGUUGCAGAGGUUCGACUUGGCGGAUCUUUUAAAGAGAGGUGAAAGAUUGCCUUCGCUAUUGUCGCCGGUUUCGAACUAUGUGUAUCCGAUGAGGUGGUACGUAACUCCUUACUCUGGAAUUUCAGAUUCUUGAAACAGCUCUAUUGUUUUGACAAGGUGUGCUUCUUCGGUGUAAACCGUUGCUUCUUUUUUCUGUGCACUAGUGUGUGUGUGUGUGUGUUGUACGGCCAAGUUAUAAGGCCAAUUUAAAAAAUAAAAAAAAAAAAAAAAUUGUUCAGGAUUAUAAUACUUUUUGCAGUUAUUUUCAUGUAAAAAAAAUAAUAAUAAAUUUAUUCGAGAGGAUAUUUAUUAUUACAAGAUUUAAUGGG